AUGUCCACCCAGCGUGCAGUCGUCCCGUCCCUCGAGACGGUCAGGUCCGUCCUGUCCGCCCCCGCCGGCAACAAGAAGCCCACCCUCGUCCCCGUAUACCGCCAGAUCUCCUCCGACCUGAUCACGCCCUCCGCCGCCUACCUGAAGGUCUCCGCCGCCCACAAGGACUCCGACUACUCCUUCCUCUUCGAGAGCGCCGCCACAGAGCGUGUCGGUCGCUACAGCUUCGUCGGCGCCGGUCCCAGGAAAGUCCUCGCCACAGGACCCGGGUACGGCCCGGAAUGCGAUCCCCUACCGGCCCUCGAGGCUGAGUUGGCGAGCCACGUCGUUGCGCAUGUGCCGGGCCUGCAGCUGCCGCCCAUGGCGGGCGGUGCCGUCGGCUACGUCGGGUAUGACUGCGUCCGCUACUUUGAGCCCAAGACGGCGCGGCCGAUGAAGGACGUUUUGAAGAUCCCCGAGAGUCUGUUCAUGCUCUUCGACACCAUUGUGGCGUUUGAUAGGUUCUACGGCGUGAUCAAGGUCAUCACAUAUCUGAACGUCCCGGAGGACCUCUCGCAGCUGGAGGCAGAAUACCAAAAGGCGACACAGACGAUCGACGAGCUCAUCGCCGUGCUCAACGCCCCCGAGAUCCCCCUGCCGGAGCAGCAGCCGAUCGAGCUGGGCCAGGAGUACACCUCCAACGUCGGCCAGAAGGGGUACGAGGCGCACGUCACGGCGCUGAAGAAGCACAUUGUCAAGGGCGACAUCAUCCAGGCGGUGCCCUCGCAGCGCUUCGCCCGCCCGACGUCGCUGCACCCCUUCAACAUCUACCGCCACCUGCGCACGGUGAACCCGUCGCCGUACCUGUUCUACGUCAACUGCAAGGACUUCCAGAUCGUCGGCGCGUCGCCGGAGCUGCUCGUCAAGUCGGAGGGCGGGCGGGUCAUCACGCACCCGAUCGCGGGCACGGUGAAGCGGGGCAAGACGCCGGAGGAGGAUCAGCGGCUGGCGGACGAGCUGCGCAGCUCGCUGAAGGACCGCGCGGAGCACGUCAUGCUGGUCGACCUGGCGCGCAACGACGUCAACCGCGUGGGCGACCCGUACACGGUGCGCGUGGACCACCUCAUGGUUGUGGAGAAGUUCAGCCACGUCCAGCACCUGGUGUCGCAGGUCUCGGGCGUGUUGAGGCCGGACCAGACGAGGUUCGAUGCCUUCCGCAGCAUCUUCCCCGCCGGCACGGUGUCGGGCGCGCCCAAGGUCAAGGCGAUGGAGCUGAUUGCCGAGCUGGAGCAGGAGAAGAGGGGCAUCUAUGCUGGUGCGGUGGGAUACUUUGGCUACGGCGGCCUCGAUGAGAAGGGCGAGGAGGUGGAGGGUGCUAUGGACACUUGCAUCGCGCUGCGGACGAUGCUUGUGAAGGAUGGUGUUGCGUAUCUGCAAGCCGGUGGUGGUAUUGUGUUUGACUCAGAUGAGUACGAUGAGUGGAUGGAGACGAUGAACAAGCUCGGCGCAAACAUGCAAUGCGUAACGACAGCGGAACAGCUGUAUUACGAGCAACAGCAGGCUGCGAGUAAAUAA